AUGCAAAUCCGACAGAACAACACCAGAGAAGACUGGAAAGAAGUUGCAUAUACUAACAACACGGGAUCUUACCUCCUCGAAACUGAUCAAAAAUUGGAAAUUUAUUUCAUCCGUUCGUCUAGUUGUGAGAGGUUUGAUUGGAGUCUCCAGAAUAUAUCAUGUACCAUAGAGAUAAAUGUGUCUUUCACACUGAGCAGAUGUUCUAUUGACCCAGACUUCUACCCCAUCUUCCGAUGUAUAUUUUUCUACGGAAGUAAGCUAUUUAAAAGUCCAGAGAAAAAUAUUGUGUCCACCAAAGGGCAAUCACCACAGAAAAUUAAGGACUUGACUGUUGUUAAAAGCAGCGGGGAAAGACCAGGAGAUAUCGUGCAACUUAAAUGCAUAGGAGAAGUUGAAAGCAUAAAUGGUCUACCAAGCCAAAACAUAAGGUGGUGCAAGAAUAUUGCGGGAAAAUUCACUGAAAUAUCUCUACAAGACCCUCCAAUCACCGCAGUAGUAUCUAACAGCAAAGAUGGAUGCAUAAAUGUACAGCAGUCGGAGAUCAAUUACCAUAUCAUGCAAAGUGAUGCAUACCUAGAAAUAAUGUGUGAAUCGGGAUAUGACGAAUACACAUUGUCAAGUGAAUGUGGAAAAGGAAGUGCAAAUUCGACAUUAUUUAUAAACACAAAAAAUUCGACAGAAGCAGACGGGCAAUGGAAAGUAUCUCCUAUCUUGAUGUACGACAAAAAUGGUGUUGCUGUCGAUCAGAAUUUCAACACUUACGGAAUUGGUAGGACAAUUCAUUUGUCUUGUAGUGCUUCCGCAUUCACAUCUAACGAACAGAAGAUAGACUGGUGCAUUAAAAAGAGAAAUAAUGCUAACUGGAUGAAAGUUGUAACCCAAGAAGAUGAAAUAAAGCUUUUAACAAAUGAAAGUGGUGGAGAGAUUAUAAUGUUCAGUAGAAUAACCUAUCAUGUAACGGAGUUCGACAAGGUUCUCCAUUUUACCUGUGAGGUUUCUAAAUUCUAUAACAGCUCCUGUGGAUCUGGAUUAAAAUUUUCAAGUCUUACAAUUCGGAUAAAUGGUAAAGAUGUAAUUUUUAUUUUUGUUUUGAAAAAUAUAAUGAAAAUGUGCUCGUACAAUUAAAUAUACAGUUUGUCUAAAAAUCAGUGUAGUUUGCCGAAAGAAUUUUUAUACAAAGAAAUUUUGUUUUCUUCAAUUUAAGCUAAGAACCUUUCAGUCAAUAUCAGAAUGAUGAUACAUAUUUACAGAAUAAUUUACAGGAGGUAAAGAAGAUAUACACUUUUUUUAAGUUUACCAUUAUUAACUUCAAUUUCGCAUUUCAAUAAGGUGAGUUUUUUUCCCUGAACGGGACUUUUUUAUUACGUUUUAAUGCGUAUGCGCUGAAAAGUCGAACGAUAAACGCUGUUUGUGGAUAUCGGUCGCAGAAAAAUUAUUGCAAAUGCAGCAAUUUUAGA